GCGGGAAAGAAAAGGAAAAGAGGAACAAUCUGUUCGACACAUUCUCGCGCUCUCUCUCCCUCUCUCUUUCCUCCCCCCUUCCCUCUCUCUCUCUCUCUCCCCCUCUCUCUCUCACUCACACACACACUCCCUCACGCAGUUUGAUGCCUUCUUCUUCUCAAUGGAGGCCAUGAGGAGAAAGCAGCCUGCUGGUCUCACCAAGAGCAGUUUGGAUAAAGGUGCCUCAGCCAAGAAGGAAGAACUAAACGCUGCAAGAAACGGAGAGAAGAAGUCAGAUGGAGAGGUAGCAGCCAGACUGGCCUCCUCCACUGCAGCCGAGGCGAUGCUGAACGGCACUGAACACGAUGACAUGAGGCACAAAAGCCCGACACGUGGCUCCACGACAGGCAACAAGACUUUACUGCUGGAAAACGGCAUGUUGGACUCGGAGCCGCCGCACGGCUCCGUUACUGGAAGCAAUGGAUUAAUCCUCACCAAGCAGCAGCAGCAGCAGCAGGAAGGCGGUUCCUCCCCUCACAGGACUAACUGGUCGCCUUUGGGCUCAGUCACAGGGGGACACAUGGCCAAACCCUCAGCGUCUGGGUAUGCGCAGAGUUCAGGUGCACUAAGGACUGAUCCCAGUGCAGGAACUACGUCAGGACAAGGAACAUCAGACACUAAAAACGGCACAGCCUCACCGCCUGUACCGGCUCCAGCACCGGUAACGAUACACCGAGCACGCAAGACCAUGUCCAGACCCGCUGUCAGCCCAGCACAAAAGCUUCUAAACAAGGAAUUGAGAGAAGCGAGGAACGCCAAAUUGGAGAAGAUGGACACUCAUGCUCCACCUGACACUCCCAAAUCCUCACAGCAAUCCUCCACUCAGAAUCAUCUACCUCAGAGUACACCGGAUACGCCAGCUUCAGCACAAACAGCUUCAUCCACCACACCAGCACCUUCUGCAGCUCCGGCUCCUCCACCUGCUCCAUCACCUCCUGCGACUUCUGCAGCCCCGACCGCUCCUUCAGCUCCUGCACCUCUCGCAGCUCCUUCGACUCCUGCAGCUCCUGCCAAGCUCCAGCUAGGCUCUUUCUCAGGAGGUUUGUCGUCCCGUAAGAAGAAGAGGAGGAUGGGAACAUAUAGUCUGAUUCCCAAGAAGAAAACCAAAGUGCUUAAGCAGAGAUCUGUGCUGGAAAUGUUUAAGGAGCUCCAGCAGUCUGCCAAGAGCCCACAGACUAAAGAGGUAGCAAACAUUAAUGGGGCAAAGGUUGAGAAUGCAUCUGAGGAGGAAGAGUCCGAGGAGGUGGAGUCUGAGGAAGAGGAGCGACAACAUGCAGCUAAAAAAACAGUCAGUGCUGUGAAGGAACAAACAUCUGAACCCAUCGAACAGGUGGAAGAGGAGCAGGAGUCUGAAGAGUCCGGAGAAGAGGAGGGAGAGGAGGAGGGCACAGAGUCCGACUUGAGCACAGAGUCUGGUCUGAAGAAGAAGCUGAAAAAGAAAACGAAAGCAGACAGCGCGUGGCUGCGGCCGUCCAGGAAGCGAAAGAGGAGGAUGAAGGGCAGAGGAGCAGAAGGACUGGAUCAGCCCCAGGGAUCAGCUAGUGCCCAGGCAGGAGACAAGAAGGAGUACACACAGAUUCCUCCUGCUGAGUCUGCCAACCUCAACAAGCCCCGAACACCAGCUGCUCCCUCGCAGAUCAAAGGGUCAACCAUCGAGGAGGCUCAGGAGCUCCCGCUCUGCAGCUGUCGCAUGGAGAUGCCAAAGAGUCGAGAGAUUCUCACGCUGGCAGACAGGAAGUGCAUGGCCACAGAGAGCGUGGAUGGACAGCUCACCCGCUGCCAGGGCGCCAUACUGAAGCAUGAAAUGAUGCGCCCCUCAAACUCUGUUCAGCUGCUGGUUCUCUGUGAGGACCACCGCAAUGGCAUGGUGAAGCACCAGUGCUGCCCCACCUGUGGCUUCUUCUGCAGGGCGGGAACCUUCAUGGAGUGCCAACCUGACGUCAGCAUCUCUCACCGUUUCCAUCAGGCGUGUGCCUCAGUGCUCAAAGGUCAGAGCUUCUGUCCUCACUGCGGAGAGGAGGCCAGCAAAGCUAAAGAGGUCACCAUCGCAAACGCUGACACCACCUCGACUGUGCCCUCUACGCUCACACAUGUACCUGCUCCACAGGGGGUCCCUGAGGGCCGGGCAGACACCACUACUGGCAGCUCUUCUCAUCUAGCUGCAGGGGUUGAUGUUAGCGGCCGUGCUGACAGCUCACUGUCUAAUCGUUCUUCACAUGGAUUCGACACUUCAGCCAUUCCUGGGUCAUCCAGAACCACCGCAACCCUGCAGGCCGGGGCUGAAACCCCCGCGUCCCCUACAGUCCAUCAAGGACCUCCUAGAGAGACUCUAGAAAGUCUCCUGGUAGCUCUAGACACAGAGAAGCCCAAGAAGCUGCGUUUUCACCCCAAACAACUUUACCUCUCGGCCAAACAGGGAGAACUCAAGAGGGUCCUGCUCAUGCUGGUGGAUGGUAUCGAUCCUAACUUUAAGAUGGAAUCUCAGAACAAACGAACGCCGCUCCACGCUGCAGCUGAAGGAGGUUUCAAAGACAUCUGUAACAUGCUCGUACAAGCUGGAGCAAACCUGGACAUAUGUGACGACGAUCAGCGGACGCCUUUGAUGGAGGCUUGUGAGAACAACCACAUGGAGACAGUCCUGUAUCUUGUGAGAGCUGGAGCCAGCGCCACACACAGGGACGUUGAAGGGUUCACCUGUCUCCACCUAGCGGCAAAGUCUGGUCAUUACGAAAUUGUGGAGCACCUUCUGUCCACAGGAUUGAUCAACAUAAACUGUCAGGAUGAUGGAGGCUGGACAGCAAUGAUCUGGGCGACAGAGUACAAACAUGUGGACCAGGUGAAGCUGCUCCUGUCCAAAGGGGCUGACAUCAACGUCAGGGAUAAGGAGGAGAACAUUUGCCUCCACUGGGCAGCUUUUUCCGGGAGUGUUGACAUCGCUGAGCUGCUCCUGAACGCACACUGUGACCUGCAGGUUGUGAACAUCCACGGAGACUCUCCUCUGCACAUCGCUGCUCGGGAGAAUCGUCUGGAUUGUGUUACGCUUUUCUUGAACCGGGGAGCAGAUGUGUUUCUGAAGAACCGCGAGGGAGAGACUCCUCCUGACUGCUGCAGCCACAACUCGAAAGCUUGGGCGGCUCUGCAGGCCAACAGGAGGGAGAGGGACAAGAACAGCCGGCUCACCAGACCAGAGGAGAAAAUCCUUCAAAGUGACAUCGCUCUCGGGCAGGAAAGAGUUCCCAUUCCCUGUGUCAACUCUGUGGACAGUGAAGCUUACCCAGACAGCUACAAAUACAUCCCUGAAAACUGUGUCACCUCCCCGAUGAACAUCGACAGGAACAUAACACACUUACAGUACUGUGUUUGUAAAGAAGACUGUUCAACAAGUAUCUGCAUGUGUGGACAGCUGAGUUUACGCUGCUGGUAUGACAAGGGCGGCCGUCUCCUCCCUGAAUUCUGCCACGAGGAGCCUCCUCUCAUCUUCGAGUGUAACCAUGCCUGCUCCUGCUGGAGGACCUGCAAGAACAGAGUAGUACAGAACGGACUCAGGACCAGGCUGCAGCUCUUCAGGACCAGUAAGAAGGGCUGGGGUGUCCGUGCACUACAAGACAUACCACAGGGGAGCUUCAUAUGCGAGUACGUUGGUGAGAUCAUCUCUGAGGCAGAGGCAGAGAUGAGGCAGAACGAUGCGUACCUGUUCAGCCUGGAUGAUAAGCCACAAGAUCAAUACUGCAUAGAUGCCCGUUUCUAUGGAAACAUCAGCCGCUUCCUCAAUCACAUGUGCGAGCCCAACUUGUUCGCCUGUCGAGUGUUCACGACUCACCAGGACCUCCGUUUCCCACACAUUGCCUUCUUUGCCAGUGAAAACAUCACGGCUGGAGAGGAGCUCGGGUUUAACUAUGGUGACCACUUCUGGGAAGUCAAAAGCAAGCUGUUCAGCUGCGAAUGCGGCUCUUCCAAGUGCAAGUACUCGUCAGCCGCCAUGGCGUCUCUGCAGGCUGACAGCACACCGGAGGACCAGCAGCAGCCCAGUGCAUCACCCGACACCAGCUCUUCCAACAGCCCUUCCAGUCCCUCAUAAAACCCCUCCACACACUAAGCGUCGCUGCAUGAACACGGGACUGACGGACACACAGGGGUGCCUGUCUCCUCCUCCUUAGACUUUUAUCAGAGAACUUGUACUGGAUCUCUACUCCUGAUAAAAACAAUGGACCACUGACCUUUGUGAAAACCUGUAAAACGCUGCCACACAGAACCAGAUGCACAAUCAAAUCCUGAUAAACAAACUGCUCCUUGAUUCCACCUGGUGUGACAUGAACAGCAGGGGGCAGCAUCAUCACGCACAGCGAGUGUCAGAGGGACAGUCUUUACAUUUCAUACAUAACUUUACAGCGGAGGAGAAGAACAGGGCAUUUUGUCGUCUUUUACUUUUUUUAAGAUACCUUGAUGACGUGUUUGAUGGCUUUUCCUACUGAGUCAUGGUCAUGGUAUUUUCUGAUCGGGGACGAAAGUAAUGUUGUCUUUUGAAAAGACAACCUCAGCUCUCAGCUGGGUUUAAUUUGUUUGACCUUUUUGGUCAUUUAUCAUGAACCAUUCCAACCAAACUAGCUGAUAAAUAUUGAAUUAUGUUGCCACUUCUUUGUGUAAAUUCAUUUUUGCUGCAGAGUUGGAACAGACGCUCAACCUUUGCCACCAUAGUUUAAUAUCAAUUAAGGAUUUGUGAAGACAAAAAGUGGACUGUUUUAAUUACAGCUGGAGCGAGUUUAGGUUGCCUGAUAGACAGAUGCUGAACCAUUCCUCAAAGAAGAGGGGAUCCUAGUCUGAGUAAAUUGGCUGACUUUUUUUAUUUAGCAUGUUUAAGGGGAUUUUAAUGUGUCAGAUAUUUUGCCACACUUGUUAAGAAAUGAUUAAAGUAAAAUGGCGUUACAAAAAUCCCAUGAAAAUGGUGCUGAAAAGGGUUUUUACGUUUGUUUUCAUUUUUAUUACAGACGUGAACAUAGUUUGUAAAAUAAAAUAAACAUUUUAAGUUUUUUUAUGUUUAAUUUUAACUCGUUUUCUAAUUGUAGUUACUGUACUUAGGCUGUUUUUAAUUUUGUUUCAUGAUUUUGCCGACAGAAGCCAACUUGUCUUUUUAAAUGUUGUAAGUAAAGCAGUGACUGUUGUGCAAAGUCUUGAAAGAUAUAAUUGAAAAAAAAAGGUUAAAAAUGCACUUCCAUAACUUUCUGUUACAUACUUCUGGACCGUGAUCCAUCCAUCUAAUUGGUUGUAUCUUUUUCAAUAAAUUUACUACUAAUGCA